AUCUUCGAAACUCCCGCCCGCCACCGAGCGGGAUACGCAAAAAUCUCCAAAAUUUUCCCCAACCCGCGCGCCCCCAGUUUUCCUCUCCUCCGAAUCCCAAUCUCUCGCAGUUCGUUCGAGGAGCUGAGACGCUGCGACGGCCAUGGCGACGAGUCUCUUCCUCGCGCUGCAGUGCGUCCAGUGCUCCACUAUGCAGGUGAAGCCGCAGAAGAAGAGCAGCAACAAGUGGGUGUGCGUGGUGUGCAACCAGCGCCAGUCCGUGAUGCGCGUCCACGCCCGCGGGCACCGCGCCGCCGACCUCCGCCGCUUCGUCCAGGAAGCCAACCUCUCGCGCGGCCGCGCCGCGCAUGUGCCCGUGCCCGAGGAAGACUGGGUCCCUGCGGUGCCGGGGGAGCAGCGGGAUGAGUUCCCGAAGGAGAGGAAGAGGCGGAUGGACUGGUCCGACUAUCUGGAAGAUCCGGGGGAGUACGAUGGCGGCGGCCACCACGAGGAAGCUCGAGAUGAAGAUGUAGGGAUUCAAGUAACAACUGAAUUACCUGAAAAGAGGCCUAAAGUCACUUCCUUGAAGAGGGCCCCCAAAGCCCAAUUGGGAUUAGGUGGAAAGAGGCCCAAGACACCAGUCACUUCCACUUUACCCAAGAGGCAACCGAUCGAAGAAGGUUCACUCCCAUGUUCUGCAGCUCCUACUGCUGAAGCACAAAGAUCAAAAUGGAGCAAUUAUUUGGAUACAAGUUUCUCUGAAGGGGGAAGUGGGUUUGAAGACUCUGAGCGACAUUGCAGUGAACUGGAAUGCUCCAUUACUGAUGUUGUGGUGGAUGAUGAGGUACACCCUGAUUUUGUGUGAUAUAUAUGUGUCUUGUCUUGGUCUGUAGCAUUUUAUGCUUUGAAUAGUGCAGUAGUUAGAAAAGAUCUGAUGUGCAGUUGGCAAAAUAUUAUCAUAUAGGAUGGGCACUUUAUUAUGCACUGAAUCGCAACUUGCUAUGUUAAAAUUGAGGAGAAAUUAAGAUGCAUGCUAACCUUUUGAAACAAUGAUGUUAACAGUGCAUCUGCUUAACCUACUUUCA